GGCGCUUGCGCAGUAGUAUCCAAGCGGUUGCUAGGGGAGCAGUGGCCUUAGUGAUGGAGCCGGAAUGAAUUAGUUCAAGAGGGCAGGAUGCCGCACAAGAUUGGGUUUAUUGUUAUAAGUUCAUCAGGACACGAGGAUGGCUUCAGUGCAAAAGAACUGAUGGUCCACGCACCAACCGUCAACGGAUGGAGGUCACCAAGACUCUGCCAGUAUCCCCAGGAAAUCGUCCUUCAGAUGGUGGAGCGAUGCAGAAUUCGGAAGCUGCAGUUGCUGGCACACCAGUAUAUGAUCUCCAGCAAAAUUGAAUUCUAUAUCAGCGAAAACCUGCCCGAGUACUUUGCACCGUACAAGUCAGAAAGGUUCCGACGGCUGGGUUAUGUGUCUCUCUCAGAUAACGAGAAGACUGGCUACAAAGCUCGAGAACUGAAAUCGGUUUACGUGGAUGCUGUUGGCCAGUACCUAAAACUGACAUUCCACAAAAACUAUGUCAAUAGAUACAACUUGUACAGCCAGGUGGCUCUUGUAGCAAUAAACAUCAUUGGUGAGCCUGCAGACCUCAGCAAUGAGAGUACUCACUCUUCCAGGGAGAAGCUGAUUGACCACUACCUUCGGAACAACCCUGAUGACUCAGCCUUAGAUGGAACCACCAGCGGGAAGCCAGAUUCCAUUUCCCCCCUGGACGACCUGGCGUUCGACAUGUACCAAGACCCAGAGGUGGCCCAAAUAAUCCGUAAACUGGAUGAGAGAAAGCACGAAGCAGUGCGCCAGGAACAUUACGAUCACGCCAAGAAACUCAAGCAAGCCAUUGCAGACCUGCAGAAGGUGGGCGAGCGGCUGGGCCGCUACGAGGUGGAGAAGCGCUGCGCGGUCGAGAGGGAGGAUUACGACCUCGCCAAGCAGAAGAAGCAGCAGAUGGAGGAGUACCGCCUCAAGGUGUACCAGCAGCUGGAACUGCACAAUCUCCUCGAGCCGGAUCUGAUGAUUCGACGGCCUCCUGAUCUGCCCCUUGAGCCUCUGGCUUACCCUGCAGCUUCUCCUCAGCAAAAGAAAUCCUUGCUUCCUUCCCGGUGGGACAAAACAGAGGGGGAGUCCUUCGAGCCUUCGCCUCCUGAAAAGCCACCAGAAGCAUCUUCUCCCGAGGCUGCCCCAACCCAGCCCUCCUCUCCACCUGCAGCCCAGGUGGCACCCAUCUCAGCUGAGGCGUUUCCAAAGGUCAACGUUGAGUUCUUGCCGUAUGACGAGAGGCCUCUGCCAACCGUUCGGAAGCAGCAGGAGGAAGGCUUUGCCUGCUUGGAUCCCGAGAUGAGUGAGGAAGACCCUGGCGACACGCCAAGGAGUGGCACUGUUGGAGAGCCAGAGCCACUGACAGAAAAAGCCCUGCGGGAGGCCAGCCCGGCCAUAGAAGUGUUUGGGGAAAGCCUGGUUGCUGGCGCCUAUUCCAAGACAUGGUCGUACCGCGAAGACUCGUUGCUUGCAAUCUAUAAAAAGAUGAUGGAGAUUUCCACAAGCACUCCAAAGGAAGACCUGAAGAACCUGCUUCGAGGUGCCAUCUUUCUCAUUGUGAGAGCCAUAAAAGACAUCGUCUCUUCAGUUUUUCAAACUUCCUUAAAGCUCCUAAAAAUGAUCAUCACGCAGUACAUCCCCAAGCAUAAGCUGGGGAAGCAGGAGACGGCACACUGUGUGGAGAGGACCUUGCCCAACCUACUCUCCAGGACGGGGGAUUCCUCUGCCCGCCUUCGCACAGCAGCCGCCAACUUCAUCCAGGAAAUGGCCCUCUGCAAUGAAGUGAAGCCUCUUCAGAUCGUACCUGCGCACCUGCUGCAGCCCCUCAAGCCAAAUGCCCCCACACAUCUCGCCAUGAGCCAGGUGGAGCUGGUGGAGCGCUUGCUGAAAGACCUUGGAACAGAGAACAGUGGUUUUUCUGUCGAUAAUAUCAUGCGGUUUGCAGCAGGCGCUCUGGAGCACCGUGUCUAUGAGGUCAGAGAAACAGCCCUCCGGAUCAUCCUGGACAUGUAUCGGCAGCAUCGAGCCGCCAUCUUUGAUUACUUGCCCCCUGAUGACAGCAACACACGCAAGAAUGUGCUGUACAAGACACUCUUUGAUGGGUUUGCCAAAAUAGACGGCAAGCUCACAGAAGUGGAAACCAGGACCCAGAAAAAGAUGGCUGCCGAAGAAGCUGAGAAACAAAAGAAAGAUGAAAUCAAAGCGUUGCAAAGCCAACUGGCCACUCUGAAAGAGAUGCAAACAGAAGCGCAGGCAGCAAAGGAGAAAGAGAGUGAUUUUCAGAAGUCUAAGAAUCACGGUGAAACCUUCAAAAAAGCAUCACAGCCUGCAGCAGCAGAAAUGCCAGAUGACCAUUCCUCCGUUGCAAACUACCUUGACAAUCUCUGUAUUUUCUGUGGUGAAAGAGAUGAAUCCUUCACAGAGGAAGGGCUGGACCUCCACUACUGGAAACGCUGCCCCAUGCUGACCAGAUGUGAUUUCUGCAAACAGGUUGUGGAGAUCGCCAGCCUGACCGAGCACUUGCUGACCGAGUGUGACAAGAAGGACACCUUCGGCAAGUGCCUGCGCUGCUGUGAAGCCCUGCCGAAGGAAGAGCUGCCCAGGCAUGUCAAGGGGAAGGCCUGCAACCCUGCCAAGCCUGAAAAAGUGGCCAAUCACUGUCCGUUAUGCCAUGAGAAUUUCACGCCUGGCGAGGAGGCCUGGAAGGUGCACCUGAUGGGCAAAGACGGAUGCCGCAUGAACCUGAGGCGGGGGCACUCUUUGAACAAGAGCUUGCCAACGCAGUCCGUGGCUGGCAGGCCUGCCGGAACAGCGCUCAAUCGAUCCGGGCCAACGGGAGUUAAGCUGCGUUCCCCCUCGGUUGGAAGCAAGAUCCCCACCCCACGCGCAGGCAUGAAUAAAAGCACUGGCAGAACGUAUGCGAAGCGAUGAUGCGGAGCUCUUCUUUCUUUGGCGGUGCAUCUGGCCACACCUGCAGUAUUUUCCUCUGAGGUUUGGCUUGCCGGUGGGGGCAGCACCUCAACCCUUACUUUGCCCGAGCCGACACCCUGCCUGGUGGUGGCCGGCCAGCCGCCUUCCUCCGUAUCAGUCUUUUGGUUCUGGUAGGCUUGUUUGCUGUGCCCCACGGACUGCAUCCUGUCUGCCUCAGCGCUUUUGCAUGGAGACUUUGUGCAUCAAAACCUCCACCUGCCACUCCAAGGCUUUAAGCCAAAAGGGCUGCUUUUGCCCCUUGCCAGCUGCCCCUGGUUGGCCAGGUACAGAUUAGCUUUCAGCCCCUCUGGGGUGGCAAAAGCAGGACACAGAGGAAUCCAGCCAUGCCCUGCCGCUCCCUUUGACCUCCAGCUCAUUUUCUCUGCCCUAGCACAAGAGCUUCAUGCAGGCUGCCUGGUUUUAGUAGGAUUCGCAGCAAUAGGCAUAGCCAAACUCAAGCAUCUUCUCAAGGACGUCUCUAGGCAGAGCGAAUGGCCAUCUAGGCAUAGCUGGAGGAUUAACAAGGCAAUUUUGACAUGUGAGAUUGCAUGGUUUUCCCCCUGCUGCUCUUGCAGGACUUUCACUAGAGAUCCUCCCGGGGAAUUGUGACCCGCAGGACCUGACCUGUUUAUCUCCCUUCCUGCAGCCCUUACAGGAUCCCAGGGAUUAUCACUGGUGGUAGCUCCCCUCAGCUUGCCUUGAAAGCAGGGUCCUCUCUUUCCUUUGUUGAUAGAGGUGCCCGAAGGGGCGGUUUAAGCACCCUAAGCGGGGCAGCAAGGCUGUCUUUGCCGGGGCAGUUCAAAGGUACCUUUCCCCCACACUGUGUCCAUUGCUUUCUGUGUAGCUGCCCUGAUCCAGCCUUGCCCACAGCCCUUCUCUAAAGACGAGUGAAGGUUCCGCCUAAGAAACAGUAACGCUUUUGCUUGCUUUACCAUCCCUUGCUAGUAGAGCAGCCGAAUGCAUUCUGAAUGCUUGCAGUUUACAAAACUAAGAAGUCCAAGGAAAGAGCAGUCUCCCGGCUCUCUCCCCACUAAAUGCUGAGUGGGGAUGAUGGCUGUUACAACCCCAACACAUCUGAAGGGUAGCAGGAAGGGGGAAGCUGUGUCCCUUUCUUUGUGUACAGGAAAGUUUUUGCUUGAAGCAUUUGCCUCUCUUCUGUGGUCUUAACUGUUACUACCCAGUGAAACCUGAGCAGAACCACUUCUCUGAUCGUGGGCUUUGGUCCCAAGGAGAAGAGAUGGACAAGUGACCCCUUUCCUGCCAAGCGCAAGGGCCAGGACUGUGAGCCCUGCCUGUGUGAACACGAAAUGAGGGCGAGAGCUGAGGAUGUGUGUUCCACUGAGGGAAUCCAGACUCUCACAACAUGGGCAGUGGCACAUACCACAGUGAUUACAAAUCCUGAAGAAAACAUAGCUCUUUGAGGACAAGUUCCCAAAGGGAAUUUGCCCUACACACCCAACACGCAGACACACCCAGAUAGUGCCUUGUCUCUUCAGCCCCCGAGAGCUAGCUGGGUGGGUUACACAUGAUGGCACCAUCCUAAUGCCAAGGUUGCUCAGGAAUGAUACUCUCCCUCAUGGUGCAUAGCUCCAGAGAGGCCCUGUUCGUCUCCUCUCCUUAUGCCAGUCAAGGGCCUGGCUGGUGUGCAGAAUAAAUCAGGCAGGCGCCAUAGAAGAAUCUCCCCUGAGGUGGUGCCCUCUGGAAUCCUCCAGCCAAUGAUGCCCCAUAGACCGGGGGAAAUAGCCCCAAACUUCUCAGCAGUGCACAGGGUCCUGUGGCAAAGAAGGGGAUACAGAAAGAGCUCCCUGGCAAGGACAAGUCUGAAAACUCCUCAAGGUGGCGACUGAAAAUCCUGAGUCGCUACAGGGUGCAACCCAUGCAGUGAAAGGGGUUGGCUUCCAUGCCAUCCCAGGAACCCCCCCCCCCCAAUGAACCUCUUUCAGCUUCUGAGAGGACGUACAAUGGCUGGAGCGGUAUGAGCAGGCACUGGGAUUGUGCAGAAUCCCGCUGCAGGCAGGAACAGAAAGGCACCUAGGAGGCGUGGCUGCAUAGUGCUGCGAGCCCCCGUCAGUUCAGACCACGCUCCUGCGCAGGUUCAGACAGGAAAAAGACUCCCAGCAUGGAGCAGCCCAGCAGCACCGGAAGCGGUGGGCUUUGCUGCUGCCUAAACUUGCAUAGGGUUGCACCGCCAAACUCUGAAAGCAGCCGUGAUUUCCUCCCUUUGCCUCUGGCUCAAGCCUUGCUAGAGCAAGGCCAAAAGAAAAAGGAGAAAAAAUCGGCCAGGGAGGGGAGUUGAAAAUUGUGUGGUUUUGACAAAGGCAUUGCAUUUUUCCUUCUCUCUUCAGGAGUCAAUAUCAGCAUGGGGGGAAAAGAUAGUCCACUGAACUUUCCACAGCCACUGCUUCAAAGAAGUCCAGCUAAAGGGAGAACCACCAUUCCCUCCCCGAGCGCAGCAGCAGCAGCAGCAGUCAUUGGGGGUGGGGGGUGAGCAUGGAUGCAGCUGGUUGGCCAGCAUUUCCCCAGCAGCAGCACUAGCCACAGGCCCCAUAGCCAAGGGGAAAUGGGGGGGGGGGCAAGAACAGGGCAGUCCAUUGUGUGCAGGUUAUCAGUUAAUGCACAUCCUACAAUGGGACAAGCACUUGUCUGGGUUUAGCCCCUGCCCCCAGCACUGUUUUUUCUUGAUUUCUGGACUCUCCAGAGAAGCUGGUCCCUCUGAGUGCGAUGAGCAUCCUUCCAGCAGGUGUGCCUGGCCUCCCUUUGCAGGUGCCACAGGCAAGUGACAGAACAGCCCAGUCAAGCGGACGUCAGGGUUCUUACCCAGUGUUAACAUUGUCUUAAUGCCCCUGGCAUGAUUUGCUCUCCUCCUCACAGCUGCAGAAGUUUGGCCCCAACUUUCAACAUCUUCACUUUUUGCCGUUUCCCCCUCCUACCCAAUCUCAUUAACAGGCUGAGAGUGGAUGGGUAAGGGAAUUUUUAAAUUAGAAAAUACUGAUCUCUAGGUAGCCUUAGCGAGGUUAAAGUCUUCAGAGGCAAGAAUUUUCUGGUCCCAACCCAGGAGACUCCCAGCCACAAGAUGCAGAGGUGGCACCCUGGUGUCCUGCGGAUGUGUUGGAGUGCUCCGCCCAGCAUGCUGGGCUAGAUGGGCCCUGCUUGAGCAGGCGGGGCUCUCGCCGCGCCACCGCCUCUUCCUCUUCUGACACUGUUCAGUGGGAACUGCAGGCCCGGCCAAGCAGACGGUGGGGCGGGGGAUCGCGCUGGACUGUUCCCAGAGCCGCACCACCAACCCGCGGGACGCUUGCUUCCUGGCACAGAAGAGACAGGCAGGCUAAUGGGCCCACACGCCUCUUGCUGUGCUUCAGACUAGGUUUCAUUCAGUAGACAAGCAGAGUAGAGCACACAGGGUUAGAGGCUGGAGGGCCCUGCCCUCGCUCUCCUGCACUGCCAGCCUCGAAAUGCAUGCGCUCUGCCCCUGCUCUGCUUAGCAGCAGCGGCUUCUUCCGCUGAGCAGCCACUUAGGACGCCUGGACUCCUCACCUGACCUGCUCCUGCCCGGCCCGGCUCUGCUUCCCUUCUGCCUGGUGCUUCUCCCAAGAAGCUCUUUCAAGCACUGACUCCCCUGCCCCGAGCCCUUCACAGCUUGCUGGUUGCAAGGCUGGCAGCUGUGCCCAAAGAAACAGCUGCUUUUGAGGGGCAGACGGGAACACGGGGUGAAGGGAGGGAUUCUGUGAACAGAACAGCACGUUGGGAAUGCUUGUUGGCUGGCUUAGGGCAGAAGUAAGUGCUUUGGUGGCGAGCGAGAGUUCCCAGGGGUGGCCAAGGGAGGCGUUUUCAGGAUGGUGUGGCAGGGAGGCUCAGACACCCCCCCCCCCAAGGUACUGAGAACCCCUUUUCCAGGCUGUUUGGAUCCCACUCGGACUUGCAGCUUGGAGAGCGGUGGGGAAAGGAAGGGCGAGAAAAGGGUCGAAUCCCCCCAUUUUACCUCUGAAAAUUACCCCCACCCUGCCCAUGUACAGAGCUGAUCAUGCAAUGAAGGGUUCUUAGGGACUGUGGUUAGAAAUUACAGGCCUGUCUCUAAGGACCCUUCCAGAAGAGCAGUCUGUGCUCAUUCCACGUGGCUGGGGUUCUCCACUUUGGGUUCCAUGCCAUGAGGACACUGAUCCAAGACUCCUGAACCCCGUCGGGCAACCAGCUCCCAUGGGGAUUUCCAGGUGACAUGAACCCUCCCUCAAGCCGUUCCAGCUUAGCGAUGGCAGGGCUUGGACUUUAUUAUAGCAGUGAGCAAAUUGCUGGAUAGCAGGCCUGAUUCCAGAGUUUUGCAGUCUUUUGUUACUGUAGAUCCAAGUUACGCACAUAUUUGUACCAAUCUGAUAAUAAAGUUCUAUAUUUCAA